AUGAAAGCCUGGCUCUACUCGAAUACCUCCGGCGGCCUGGAGAAUAACCUCCACCUCGACACAACAGCCCGCGCACCCCCAGCCCCGCAAGGCUCCCAAGUCCUAAUCCAAGUCCUCUCCGCAUCCAUCAACCCAGCCGACCAGAAAGUCCCUGAACUGGGUCUCCCCGCACGACUGUACAUCGGCACGCCCGCGUCCCCGGGGAUGGACUUUUGCGGCCGGGUCGUUACGACGGGUCCGCUGGCGCGGCAUCUCCGGGAGGGACAGCUUGUUUUUGGGUCUGCGGCGCAUCCGGUUAAGUUCGGUUCGCUGGCGGAGUAUACCAUCGUGACGGCGGAGCAGGUUGCUGUUGUCCCCGAGGGGGUGAAGGUUGAUUCCGCGGCUGCAGUGGGGAUUGCGGGCCAGACUGCUUUACAGAGUCUGGAGGGGUAUGUGCGUGCUGGUGAUAAGGUGUUGAUUAAUGGGGCGUCGGGUGGGUGUGGGACAUUUGAGAUUCAGAUUGCCAAGCAAAUGGGGUGUCAUGUUACGGCGAUAUGUUCGACGAGGAAUAUGGAGCUGUGUUUGCGGCUGGGCGCGGAUGAGGUUCUUGAUUAUACGGCGGAGCGGGAUCUUGUGGGGACGUUGAAGACGAGGGGCAUUGUGUUUGAUCAUAUUCUUGAUCAUAUUGGGACGCCGGCGGAGAUGUAUUAUCAGUGUCAUAACUUUUUGAAGGAGGAUGGGGUGUUUGUACAGGUUGGGGCGUCGAGUAUGACGACGCAGGCUGGGCGAUUGGCAUGGCCGGCGUUCCUUGGGGGUGGAAGGAGGAGGUAUGUUGUGUUGAUGUAUAAGCCUGUUCAGAGGCAGUUGGUGCAGUUGGGAGAGUGGCUGCAAGAAGGCGUGGUCAAGGUGCAGGUCGAUAGCGUGUUUGAGUUUGCGGAUGUGGUGAAGGCAUUUGAGAAGCUUCGCUCGGGGCGAGCGAGGGGAAAGAUUAUGGUGCAUGUGGGAAAGGAUCAAGGGAAUCACUAUGAGCCCUUUGGAAUUGGUAUGUGA